AUGAGCAGGGCUCUCUUACGAGGCGCUGCGUGCCAGACUUGUCGGCAUGAGGUGCUGCGGUCCUUCGUUUCCGUUUCCGGCAUCCCAAUGCCACGAUCAUCUCCUCUUUCCUCCCGUUCGAUGUCCAACCCAAGAGCUUUCUCCGCCGUAACUGUGCUGCGGUCGGAUCGCCCUCCAAGUUUAAACCAGCUUGACCGUCAUAUGUCUGAACCAGAGGAGCCACCAGCACACUCGGAAACCAAUACGCCAGCUUCAUCACAGCAUGUCCCCUGGUAUCUGCAGGAAGAGGCGCCGACCGUUAAAGAGCGCCCGUUGACCGAGGCCCAUCUUCCCCAGAUCCCAGACGAUUCGCCAGAGAUGCUCUCGACUCUAUUGGAGUAUACGUAUAAGGACUUGGGAUUGGAUGAUCUCAGGCUUUUUGACCUACGCGGCCUCGAAAUCCCUGCAGCUCUCGGUGCUAAUGUCAUCAUGGUCAUCGGAACUGCUCGCAGUGUGAAGCAUCUAAACGUGUCUGCGGAUCGUCUCUGUCGCUGGCUGAGAAGCCAAUACAAAUUGUCUCCCUACGCUGACGGCUUAUUGGGACGCAACGAGUUGAAAAUAAAGCUUCGCCGAAAGGCCAAGAGAGCGCGCGCCGCCAGCGCAUCAGGCGCAAUGGUCGACGAAAAGGAUGAUGGAAUCACCACAGGAUGGAUCUGUGUGAACGCAGGUAUGGUGGACAAAGGCGCUACUACGACCCAGUUGAGCGAUGUUGGACUUGAGGGAUUUGGUAAUCUGGACCUCGGGACUAGUGUGGUUGUCCAGAUCUUCACCGAGGAGAAGCGGGCCGAUGUCGACCUUGAUGGUCUUUGGGAGGCUACUCUAGCCCGCGAAGGACGCAAGAACGUCCGGGAGAGCACAGAAGAUUUAUCUAAGACUGGUGCUGGACCACCCAGGUCUACGUCCGAUGGAUUUGGCUCCAUCCCUGGCCAAAAGAGAGGCUUUCAUACCAUGCGUAGACUCGCACUAUCUGCCAUGAACUCCGCUGAGUCUGGGUUGGAAGCUGGUUUUCCUGGUGUGGGAACUCCGUCCUCCGCACUUCCAGGCGACGCAGCUGAAGUUGCAUCCCAAUUGACACCGACCUCUUUGCUUCAGAUUCUGGCUGAACUUCCGGCCGAUAGUGCACGAAAUGAGCUUGGGAGCGGCCCAAAUGAUCGCCAGUCCACUCUUUUUCUACGGCUCUUCUAUACCAACCACGCCGCGAGGUUUUCCGCACAGGAAAAAGCCAUUUUUCGGCUGAAAUUGUUCUCCAUUGCUGUGUCUCGACAACACCCAGCUUACACCAAGGAUGCGCUUUUUAGCACAUUCUCUGAUUUUCUUCGCGACGGGUAUGACCUUCCGGAUGACCUUGGAUUCGAUGUUGUUUCUGCGCUUCUAACGCCGAGAACAGCGAGUGUUGUCACCAAGCAGUCUGAGACUCAUUCCCCAGAGGCUGAUAUGGAGCUUGCUUUGUUAGUGUUGGAUCGCUUGAGCCUCCGUGGUGUGCCAAUUUUGAACAUGAGGAUCUUCAAUAUACUCUAUCAAGCAGUCUGCGCACCCAAAACAGCAGCUUCUAACCUGAGUGAAUUGCACCAGGAAGAGGGCUCUCCAAGUUCGUCUGUGGUUCAACAGACUGAGUCUCAGAAACAAACGUUGUCUCGGCUGUCCAAGAUACUCGCGGCGGCCAACAUUCCAUUUGACGCAGUAGAUGCGCGUCAGCUUAUGGUGACAUUAUUCCAAUGCGGGGACUACGACGGUUUCUGGCGACUGUGGCGGCAGUUUCCCUUGAAAGGUGUAAAUCGCACACAAGAGGAUUACGUGCAGCUGUUCAAGCUGCAUGCCGAAUUGGGCGAGGAAGUGCGAGCGCGCGAGUGUCUGUCAACGGGGGUACCAUUGAUGAAUCAAGAGUCCCCUGCCAUCGUGCUACAAGGUCCGAUCGUGACAGCCAUUAUGCAUUGUAUUUUGGUGGCGGAUCCGACACUACAGGACCGAGAUGAAGAAUCUCUAAGCUUCUACAUGCCGCUCUGGACUGAGUGCCAGGAGGCACUUGCUCGGGAAAAUUGA